AAUAUUGAUACAAUUAGAAUUAACUAUGGAAAAGGCGGGAAAAAAUGGAUUUCAAGACAAACUAGUUAUCAUUUUUUAUUGAAACGAAAAUACAUAGAAAAUAAUAAAUAUGGAUGCUUUGAAAGUCAUCAAAUUUCAUCAUCCGUUAGUUGACAACUUAAACAUAGUGUACAAUGUGUCCAGCCGGUCAAUAGUGUUUUGGAAUAAAUAUCAAAUAUUUUUAUUCGAUGAGCUGAAAUAUGAAAGCUUGGAUAACGAUUGCCAGUGGAUACAUUUUACUGAAUUUAGUACGGCUCAAGUAAUAUUAUCGGUUAACUAUCUAAUUUGCUUAGAUAACAAUGGUUUUAUUUACAUAUCUCCACUAAAAUUUAAACAGUCCGCUCAAAAAAGAAUUAAGAGUAGUUUUCAGCUACGUGAACAGGGAAUUUUAUGUAUUGAAUACAACGAAAAUAACAAUGUUACAUUCAGUAUACAAAAAGAAGCAACAAAAUUAUACUUUUGUGUCCAUAAAAUAAGUUCAGUGUUUCCUUUGGAAAAGAAAAUUCAAAUUUCUAAUGAAAACAUACAAUGUGCAAGUAAUGUUAUUUGUGGAAAGAUGAUUUUUAGCUCUCGCGCAUUAAGUGAAACAGAAUUUAUUGACAUUAAAGAUUUAUUCCAGCUAAAAGACGUUCAAUGGACGAAUCAACUGUUAGUGAUCGUAAGUUUUGAUAAUUUAACAUUGUGUGCUUUUCUAAUAUGUUUGAAAUCGACUCAAGAAAUUGUAUCGCCAGUAAAGUUACUUACUUAUCCAUCUCAAAUCAACAAUAUAAGUUUUAUUUACGAAAACCAUUUGAAUAUUAUUAUAAGUUUAGCAUCCGGUACACUGAUAAAACAACCACUUUCUAGUGAAUAUAAAUUACGUUCUAAUAUUAUACAUUUAAAUACUGCUAUAAAUAAAUGUCUAGCUAUUAAUAGCACUAUGAUAUACACCGAUGGAAUUUCUAUGUGGAAAUCUGAAAACACAUAUUCUGAAACUAGUAUAACAUUUAGAGAAUUUGUUGUAAGACAUGUCAAAGAUUUUAUUAAGGUUGCAGAUCAAAUUGUCUGUGUAACAUAUUCAAAAUUGAUUUAUUUAAUACCACUCGAAGAGGAAGCAUGCUAUUUAAACAAUCCUACAACAGAUGGCGAUUAUUGUUCAGCGAGUGAUCUCUUAAAUAAUUGUGAUUAUUUGGACAAAAUUAUGGAAGAAAUAAAAAAAAAUGAUCAAAUAAUUAAAAGUAUCAAGAAAGAAGAAAAUUAUCUUAUGACACUAGCUUUAUCUAAUAGAAAAGACAUAAUGAAUGAAGUAAUUCAUUAUAAUGUUACAAUAUUAGAUAAUUAUGAAGAUAUACUGAAUGAAGAUAUUCCAUUCACAAUGACGAAUAAUAUUAAGGAAUAUUUUCAUACUGAUAAUUUAUAUUUCCUCAUAAAAAUCACAACAACUUGUCACUUGCAACAAAAAUUUAGUGAUAUCCUGUCCAACCUUUUUGGUAAUUUAAAGAUACAUAUAACAUUGCUGUCUGAGAGCAAAGUAUUAAAAACAACCAGUAUAACAGUUCAAGAACAGUUGAAAACCAUGAACAUUGUCAUACCGUUAAAUACACAAAUGUUGAACUUAACAAAAGUUACUUUACACAUUCAGUUGGUUACCUAUAUACCAUGUGCUCUAAAUGAAAAAGACACUCUGUGGACAAACUUACAUUCUGUUAAAAUUGUUUUAAAUCCAGAAAACUUUAUUAAAACUAAUAAUUCAAGACAUAACAUAAAAUUUAUUAAGGAACCAAAAAAAUCCAUCUUAGAUUUAAUUUAUGAAACAACUUACAAACACUAUGGGAAAUUAUUUAAAAUUAACCGAGUUUCAAAUACAAGAACAGCAUUUAAAUGGUCAUUUUAUGUCAAAUUACCAAAUAACUAUCAGGACUCAUUGAAAAAUAGAAAUUUCUUUUUUGAAAAAUUUUAUAUUAGCAAAGCAAAAUAUUUAUUGAAUGAAUUAUCAUCAGAGGAAUUCCUGAAAUCACGGAGUAAUCUUUGCUUUAUAAUAGACAAUGAAAGAGUGGAACUAGAGAUUUUAAAUGAUGGUAUUUUUGAUCCCAUAUUAAAGGUGACCUCACAGAAUGCUCAAGUUGCUUUUGGGAUCAGAAAUUUUUUGGCUGGUCUCGCUCACAACGGUUUCAGGAAUUACGAAUACGAAUUUGCUAGCAAUACAUUAUAUGAUUCUCUUGAGAAUAUGGAAAGGAAAAUUAAAGCGUGCUUGUUGAAAAAAAAUUCAAAUGAAGAAUUCAUCAAUAUUUUUGAUCAAUACCAAAGGAAUAUAAUUGGGGCUUUAGUUAUAUAAGAUAUUCUUUAUAAAUCUAGUCACAUUGUCCAUUACUGUAGGUGUAUUAUAAAUGUUUUGCCUUUUAUGUGAUUACACUGUUUUUUUAACUACAGA